AUGAAUCUCCUCCAAUCAGGUCUCGCUCUGGCAGUCUUGUCAAUACUCUGGUAUCUGACAACCGCCGUGCUCUCAUGGUACCGCCUCCGACACAUCCCAGGCCCCUUCCUCGCGCGGUUCUCCUACCUCUGGCUGGCAUGGCUCCAGCAGAGCGGCCGCCAGUACUACAUCGACCGCGACGAGCUGACCAAGUACGGGCCCCUCGUCCGCGUGGGCCCCAACGAGCUCUCGACGAGCGACCCGGAGGUCCUGCGCCGGCUGACCUCGGCGAGGUCCCAGUACACCCGGGACGCCUGGUACACGGGCGGCCGCUGGAACCCGUACGCGCACACCAUGUUCACGACGCUGGACACCAGGGCCCACGACGACAUCAAAUCCAAGACGGCCAUCGGCUACGGCGACAAGAACUCGGCGCUGGAGCCGGGCGUCGACGCCCAGGUCGUCUCACUCGUACGACUGAUCCGUGAAAAGUACCUGACCGGCACGAAGCUGCUCGACUUUGGGACGCUGACGUCGUAUUUCACCAUGGACGUCAUCACGAAGGCCGGGUUCGGUGAGGCGUUCGGGUACCUCGAGAAAGAGGAAGAUCUGUUCGAUUUCCUCGGCGGCGUACGGGAUAACUGGCAUUUUAUGGGCAUAACAUUAGAUGUGCCCUGGCUACGGGAUUUGUUUUAUUCUCCGUUUUUCCUCAAGCUGAUCGGCCCAAGGAUGACGGACAAAAAAGGGCUCGGCAGGCUUAUGAAAGUAGGCCACGACGUGAUAGAGAAGCGGAUGGCAAAGCCGAAGAGCGCGCAAAUAGACGACAUGCUGGGUUCCUUCAUGUCCCACGGCCUGACCCAGGAACAAUGCGAGAAUGAGGCCCUCUUCAUGAUCGUAGCCGGCUCCGAGACCACAGCCUCCGUCAUUCGCGUGACCGUCCUGCACAUCAUGUCUGCACCACUGGUGUACAACCGUCUCAAGCAGGAGAUCAAGAAAGCACUCAACGAUGGCAGGGUCGCCCACCAGCCGAUCAGGAUAGAAGAAGCGAAGCGGCUUCCUUACCUCCAGGCUGUCAUAUACGAGGGAAUGCGCAUGCGGUCGCCCGCGCCAGGACUAUACCCCAAGGCCGUACCAGCGGGAGGCGACACCCUCUGCGGAAAAUUCGUACCCGAGGGAACAGCGAUCGGAAUGAACACUUCGGCAAUGCUGGCCAGCACGAAACUUUUUGGGGAAGACGCCAAUCUGUUCCGGCCCGAAAGAUUCCUCGAGGUCGACGAGGUCAAGAGGGCCGAGAUGCAGCGCAACGUCGAGUUGAUAUUCGGAACUGGCCGCUGGAUGUGUGCGGGCAAGCCCGUCGCUCACAUGGAGCUGAACAAGAUAUUCUUUGAGCUCUUUCGCAACUUUGACUUGCAGCUAGCUCACCCGAUGAAGCCGUGGCACUCUUUGAGCUGGUCUGUCUGGGUCGACGAGAACAUGUACUUGAAGGCCACAGAAGCUACGUAG